CCGCCGCCGCCAUGGAGGCGUUGUGGGCCGCGCUGGACGAGGUGGCCCUGGAGGGGCUGGACGGCGUCGCCCCGGGCGCGCUCUGGGACCGCCUGGCCGGCCGCGUCCCGCCCUUCCCGCUGCCCUUGGAGCCCGCCGCCCGGCAGCUGCUCUGGGCCACGCUGGCCGCGCACGCCGAGCUGCGCUUCUACCUGCUCCCGCAGCCGCGGCCGCCGCUGCGCCUCUACGACCGGUAUGAAGAAAUCGAUCUUGAAACAGGAAUACUGGAGACCAAGCGGGAUCCUGUUCCUUUAGAAGACAUUUAUCCUGUGCACAUGAUUUUGGAUGACAGUGAAGGCAUUCAAGGUUCCUGCCAGUAUUUUAAAGAGAGAUUAGAUAUCACUGAUCAGGUCAGGACGAAAGACCUGCAGCCUUGCUGCACUUACGUGGAGGCUUAUGAGAAUUGGGGGGAGAAACUGGUCAUCGUGGCCUCGCAGGUGCUGCGUCACAGAACCUUAAUAGGCUGGGAAGGGGACCCAGACUUAAAGCUUCCUGACUUCUCCUACUGCAUUUUGGAGCGGUUAGGGCGCGCGCGAUGGCAAGGAGAGCUGCAAAGAGACCUCAGUGCAGCUUUUAAGGUGGAUGCAGGGAAGCUUCACUAUCACCGGAGGGUGCUGGACAGAAACGGGCUCAUCUCCAUGCAGUCCCACGUGAUCAGGCUGCCAACAGGGGCCCAGCAGCACUCCAUCCUUCUGCUUCUCACUCGCUUCCACAUUGACAGGAGGAGCAAAUACGAUAUCCUGAUGGAGAAGCUAUCCAGCAUGCUGAGCAAUCGCCCGGGUCAGAUGGAGACGCUGGGAAGCAUAAGGGAGGAAUUGGGCCUCUGUGAGAAAACCUUUAAACGUCUCUAUCAGUAUAUGCUGAACGCCGGCUUGGGCAGGAUCGUGUCUGUUCCGUUGCAGGAUGUUCGCCCUGACAGAGGCCCUUUCAAGACCAAGAAGGGGACUGACGUCAUGGUUCGUUGCUUGAAGUUAGUGAAGGAGUUUCGGAAGAAGGUGGAUGAUUACCAUGACGAGGAUGACGAAGAGCUGAUCACCAAGACCGUGCAGCCUGUGGACGUUGUGUACGAGCGGGACAUGCUGACCCAAGCGUAUGAGCUCAUUGAAAGCUGGGGGACCAGAGGCAUUUCCCAGGCAGAGCUCCGGGCGGCUAUGCAUGUGGGCAAGCUGGAAGCCAGGAUGCUGUGCCGCCUCUUGGAGAGGUACAAAGCGAUCAAGGGAUUCAUGGAAGACGAAGGCAGACAGCGGACAACCAAAUACAUCACAUGCACCUACGCAGAGGAGAGUGACCUGAGCCGGCAGUUUGAGCGGGAGAAGGCCCGGAGCGAGCAGCUGGCCAUGGCCGGUGUGGCUGCAGCGCAGGACGACUCCUUGCCUGGGGAAGAACUGUCUCCAGCGGAGGAGGAAGAGGAAGAGGAGGAGGAAGAGGAGGAGGAGGAAACGGUGGCGGGGCUGCUGUCCGAAUCGGAGAAUGAGGAAGAGGAGAAAAAAGGGGCGAGGAAGGCCAGCGCUGGGGCACCGCUGGAGCUCAGCUUGGGCCCGUGCCAGUCGACGCCAGUGAAAGCCAGGAAAUUAUCGUCUCGAAGGACUGUGGGGAGGAAGCUGUCUCCUUUGCGCCCUCCUGAGGACCCAGAAGAGCCUCCUGGUUGCUUGGCGGUGGGGGACGAUGCCGCUUCGGGUCUGCUGAAGCAGGAGGCCGGCCUCUCAAGCUGCGCCCAUUUUAAAGACGACUCUGGCGAUAUGGCUCUGGUGGAGGAGGUCAGGCUCGACACACCCAAAAAAGGCUGUGAUGAGAAGAAGAGAGAGAAGCGCUCGUCGGCGGUGGAGCGAUCGCAUGAGACCUACCGCCUGCUGAAGCGCCGGAAUCUCAUCAUCGAAGCUGUCCGAAGCCUGCGCCUCAUUGAAAGCUUGUUUGCGCUUCAGAAAAUGAUCAUGGACCAGGAGAAGCAGGAAGGGGUCUCCACCAAGUGCUGCAAGAAGUCCAUCGUCCGCUUAGUGCAGAAGCUCUCCCAGGAAGGGCUCCUGCGCCUCUACCGCACCACCGUGAUCCAGGAUGGUGUCAGCAGAAAGGUUGAGUUUGUCGUCGACCCCUCGGUGAAUCCUGGUGACCCGCUGGUGAAAAGCGCCAUUGAGCAAGUGCGCUUCCGAAUCUCCAACUCAAGUACCGUGAACAGGAUCAAGAUCCCGCAGACCCCGACCGCCCAGGACCCUCUGGACGAAGGAAGCCAGGAGCCAGGAGUCGGGGCUCCCUUGAGGGAGAUGGAAGCCUGCUCCUCUCCUGGCAAAAUGGAGGCGGCCAGCGGCAAGGUGCACAUCGCGAAGUUCAGCUACCACCCCGUUACCGUGCCAGGCCUUGGCCGCUCGCUGGGCUUCCUGCCCAAGAUGCCUCGCUUAAGGACUGCCCACCUUUUCCUCUGGUACUUGAUUUACGGGCAUCCUCUGAAAACGCUGCUGAGGAGAAGGAGCUGCAGCCACGAGCCCCCAGGGCCCCCGCGAGACCUCGAUGCCAGCGGUGCUGGUGCAGCAGGAGACAAGGAUCCCGCCCAGGAAGGGGAGGCAGAGCGCGAAGAUCCGGCAGUGUACGUGGACGAUGCCUCGUGGAUGCGCCACAUCCCGCCCCUCCCCGUCCACAGGGAGUUUGGCCACGGCUGGGCUCUCGUCAGCGACAUCCUUCUCUGCUUGCCGCUCUCCAUCUUCGUCCAGAUUGUGCAAGUCAGCUACAAGGUAGAUAACCUGGAAGAUUAUUUAAAUGACCCCCUGAAGAAACACACGCUGAUCAGAUACCUUCCAAGAUCGAUUCGACAGAAACUCCUUUACAAGAGGAGGUACAUCUUUUCCGUAGUGGAAAGCCUGCAGCGGCUGUGUUACAUGGGGCUGGUACAGUUUGGCCCCACCGAAAAAUUUCAAGAAAAAGAUCAGGUGUUUGUCUUCUUGAAGAGAAACGCUGUGAUUGUGGACACCACCGUCUGCGAGCCCCACUACAACCUGGCUCAGAGCAGCCGCCCGUUCGACAGGCGCUUGUACGUUCUGAACACACUGAGAGACGUGGAGAAUUUCUGGUUUGACUUACAGUGCGUCUGCCUCAACACGCCACUAGGAAUUGUCCGCCACCCUCGUGCCAGGAGGACUGGGACCCAAACCGAUGAAGCUGGUUCCAGCCUGGACACCGUGCUGGAACAAGAGUCGGCAGCCCACAGGCACAACCUGGAGCGCAAGUGCGCCAUGCUGGAGUACACCACAGGCCGCCGAGAAGUGGAGGAUGAGGGUUCGAUUCCUGGGGAUGGGAUGGGUGCAGGUGGCUUGGACUCCAGCUUUUACGCCCAUUUGAAACGCAACUGGAUUUGGACGAGCUACAUGAUUAACAAGACACGGAAGGAGAAUGCGGUCUCCGAAGCGGGGCACAUGGUGAGACUCCAGACCUUCCUGACGAAGCGCUCCCUGCCACUUGGCACAAGAGGUGGCAGCGGCACGAUUUGGGGCGAUGCCCUGGUGGGCGCCGAACCUUUUGUACAGAAAGAAGACUCUGAGGUCGAGAAGGAAACGGCACUGAACAGAAGCAAGCGGGUGAAGGGUGGGAAGAACCAGAAGAGAAGGCGCCUCAAGAAGGACGCGGUGAAGAAGGCCAAGAAAAGGAGGAGGAAGAGAGACGGAGACGCCGGGGAGAAGAGCAAGAGGCCGCGCUACCAUGACAAAGCCGAUCAGAGCGCUCUGCAGAGGAUGACCCGGCUGCGCGUCACCUGGACCGUGCAGGAGGACAGCCUGCUGAUGCUGUGCCGGAUCGCGAGCAACGUCCUCAAUGCCAAGGUGAAGGGGCCAUUUGUCCCAUGGCAGGUGGUCCGAGACAUCAUGCACGCCAGCUUUGAAGAAUCCUUGGACAAGACCUCCCAUUCUGUCGGGCGGCGAGCGCGCUAUAUUGUCAAGAACCCACAGACCUACCUCAAUUACAAGGUUUGCCUCGCUGAAGUCUACCAAGACAGAACUCUUAUUGAUGACUUCAUGAGCAGGAAGAACGACUACCAGGACCCCAAGGUUUGUUCGGAAGAGUUCAAGGAAUUCGUGGAGAGGCUUAAGGAGAAGUUCAGCUCCACACUGGGGAACCCCAGGCCCGCCAUUCCAGACACACUGGAGGAGCUUUUCUGCAGGUUCCGAGUUCUGGCCAUUGGAGACGAAACCAGCCAAGCCAAGAAGGAGGAUGUGCUCAGCAGUAUCUCCGACAUCCACGUCCUGGUGCUGCAGAACCUGAUCCAGAGCACGUUGGCCCUCUCUGACAACCAGAUGAAGUCCUGCCAGUCAUUCCAGACCUUCCGCCUCUAUCGGGAGUAUCAGGACGACAUCCUGGUCCAGGCUUUCUUGGACUGCCAGAAGAGGAGCCUGGUGAACCGCCGGCGGGGCAACCACAGCCUGGGCCCGAAGAAGAGCCGCGCGCUGCCCUUCGUGCCGAUGUCGUACCAGCUCUCCCAGAGCUACUACCGGGUAUUCACCUGGCGCUUUCCCAGCACGCUUUGCAGUGAGUCCUAUCAGUUCCUCUUGAAGCUGAAGGACGCUGGGAAGCAGGACCUCGGCUCUAGCUUCGCUUUCAAGGACCAAGACGACUCCGUGGCCUCUGACCGGGUGACCUUCCCGUUGGACGGGCCCGGGGGCUACUGCUCCGCUCUCCUCGCCCUCUUCUCCCUCGGCCUGGUUUCGGUGGACGUGACCAUCCCAGAGCAGAUCGUGGUGGUGGACAGCACCCUGGUGGAGAACGAAGUCAUCAAGAGCCUGGGGAAAGAGGGGCUGGAGGAGGAAGAGGAGGAGGAGGAGGAGGAGGACUUGGAGGAGAGCACGAGCAGCAAGCGGCAGAUCGAGGUGAAGGCGCGCCAGGCCUCGCACACCAACUACCUGCUCAUGAGAGGCUACUACGCCCCGGGCAUCGUCAGCACACGGAACCUGAGUCCCACGGACAACAUUGUGGUCAACUCCUGCCAAGUGAAGGUGAAGCUGCGAGAGAGCCCUGCCCAAGGCGGCCUCCUGGCCCAAGAUCCGUCGGACCUGGAGAGCAUGCCGGUUGGAGCCUCCUGCCUGCCCAGCUUCUUCACCAGGCGCCUGCGUGUCCAGGAAGAAGAGGGCGACAGCGCUCCACUUCUCCUUCAGGCCCUGGAGCGCUGCCACUACAGCCCCGGAGAUGUUGCUGCCGCCCUCGAGAUCUGCAGCGCCCUCGAGGCCACAUCCCAUUUUGGGGUGGGCAAGGUGGACCUCGCCAGGCAGCUCCAGCACUACGAAGAGGCCGGCGCAGGGCGCACGCGGCUCUUCCACCAGUACCUGCAGGACCUCCUUGACCUGGAGCAGGUGCUGGAAGUCGGAGGCCACACCGCCCGGCUGGUGGCCAGAAGGUUUGCUGGCCCGUGGCUCCUGCAUUCUGUGUGCCUCAAGGAGGACAGCAGCCACAGCCUGGAAGGCAAAGACUCUGUUACCGCAAGAGGCCCGGCUGAGGCGGGGGAGGAAGAGGGGGCGGAGGAGGCGCUGGAGCUCAAAAGAUCCGCCUCACCUGCUUCGGCAGAGGAAGAGCCAGCAAGGAAACGGCCGAGGACUGAAGAGGAGGAGGAGGAGGAGGAAGGUCUGGGUGCAAAUGCUGCCUCCCAAAGCACGGCGCACGCGUUGGAAGGGGAAGGGGCAGGCCGCCCGACCCCGGAUGCCAGUGAGUCAGGGACUCCAGUGAAGGAGCACGGAAGAGCUGCAGCCCAAGGGCCGGGCGCCACAGAAGGCUGCAGCGUGGACACCCUGGGCGAGGAGGGGACCAGACCCUGUGCGGAAGAGGCCGUGGACUGCAGGACUCCUGCCGCGGAGCCCUGCAGGGAGGACUUGCCUUUGCAGGAAGAGCCAUCCCACGGAUGUUCCAGGGGGAAAGUAUUGCAGGCUGAACAGGGAAGAGCUGGUGGGAACGUCUGCUUUGUGGGGCGGCCGUGGCGCAUCGUGGACGGCAGUCUGAACAAACCGGUCUGCAAAGGCAUCAUGGAGGGGGUGCUCUGCCACAUCAUGACCAAGCCUGGCAUCGCAGAAGGGGCCCUGCGGCACCACUACACGGGCGUGCUGCAGCCCGUGGCUCUCCUGGAGAUCCUGCAGGGCCUUGAAUCCUUGGGCUGCAUCAGGAAAUUCCACUUGAAGGAGCAGAGCCCGGCCUCCCUCUUCUCCAAGCCUGUGCUCGAGGAGGUGGUCGCCAGCCCCAGGCUGAGCUCCGCUCCAAGCGUCUUCUACGAGCCGACCAUCGACUGCACCUUGAAAAUGGGCAGGGUCUUCCCCUACGAGCUGAACUGGAACAAGUGGGUGCAGGCGGCCCACUUCUGAGCGCUCGUGUACAGUAGUAGAGAAUAGUGUGUUGUCCUUUUGUA